AUGAUCGGCAUAAAGCGCUCGUGUAUCUCGGCAGCAUCGUGUAUUGAGAAAAAAAAGACCCGACUCCGAUCUCUGGCGGAGUACGGACUGCCGGUGCCGCCGGUGCCGGACGCCGCCGCCGCCGCCGAUGGCGACGACGACGAGCCGCCCGGCGGUCCCGAGUACGACCCGGCCGCUCUGGCCGAUCGCGUUGAGCGCGACGAGCCGCGUCUGACGGAUGACCAGCGCGCCGUCUAUGACGAGGUGCUGCGACGGCUGGACAAUGACGAGUCGGGUGUCAUCUUCCUGCAAGCUCCAGGCGGCUGCGGGAAGACGUUCUUGGAGAACCUGCUGCUGGCCAAGGUGCGCAGCCGGGGACACGUGGCAGUUGCAGUGGCCACAUCCGGCAUCGCAGCCAGCCUGUUGGAGGGCGGCACGACUGCCCAUCAUCGGUUCAAGAUCCCUCUGCAGCUGCAUCCUGACAACGAGAACGUCUGCGGCAUUGAUCGCCGCUCUCCCGAGGCCGACUACCUUCGCCGCUGUCGCCUCAUUGUAUGGGACGAAGCGGCCAUGACGAACCGGCGCGCCACUGAGGCGGUCGACCGGGCUCUCCAAGACGUCCGCGACAGGCAAGAGCUGUUUGGCGGCGUUCUGACGCUGCUCUCUGGCGACUGGAGACAGAUCCUGCCAGUGGUGAAGCGCGGCGGGCGCGCAGAGGUUGUUGACGCCUGCCUCAAGUCAUCGCCCAUGUGGCCUCGGAUCGACACCAUGGAGCUCGCGACCAACAUGCGGGCGUUGAACGGCGACGAUCAGGCCGGUGAGUUCGCCAACUUCCUGCUGCGCGUCGGCGACGGCCGGCUGCCCGUCGUGGCACAGCCGGACUCGGUGCAGGUGCCCGAGUUGGUGGUCAGUCCGGCGCGCAGUCUCGCCGCCUUGGUCGAUCGCAUUUUCCCUGACAUGGCCGGGCGACACCGUGAUGAAGAGUGGCUGCAUGAGCGCGCCAUCCUCUCGCCGCUAAAUGCGACCGUUGACAGGGCGAAUGAGGCCGCGCUGGCCCUUCUGCCCGGCGAAACAGUCACGUACGCUAGCGUCGACACCAUCAGUGACGACGACAACGAGGAUCACGGGCCUCCGGUGCCCACCGAGGUGCUCAACGCGAUCGACGUGUCGGGCAUGCCGUCGCAUCGACUUCAGGUCAAGGUCGGCGCCCCGGUCGUGUUGAUGCGCAACCUCGACGCUCCGCGCGUCGUGAACGGCACGCUGUGCACGGUGCUGCGCGCCGCGCCCAACGUGCUCGAGCUGCGAAUCGCCAGUGGAGUCGCGCGUGGCGAGACGCUGUUUUUGCCGCGCCUCCCUCUGGUGGUGAGCGCUGUCGAUUCCGGCAUCGGCCGACCAUUCCGCCGCUGUCAGUUCCCCGUCAAGCUGUCAUUCGCCAUGACCAUCAAUCGCUGCCAAGGGCAGACUAAGCGACGCGUGGGCAUAUAUCUGCCAUCCCCGGCCUUCACUCAUGGCCAGUUCUACGUGGCUCUCUCGCGCGUAGGCAGCUUUGAUUCAGUCGAGGUGCUUUCCACGCACAACCAUCGGACGCGGAAUGUCGUAUACAGAGAGGUUCUGUGA